GGGGUCGAUCCAAAGACUUUUUUCAACGAUGUCGUCCAUGUGGGAUCCCAUUCGUUUUGUUGCUCCUUCACGCAUGCGCAUUAAUCAAGUCACGUGACAUUUACGUGAAUGAACCUGUCCCAGAAAUGUCUCCGAGAACUCUUCAGCGUGCAGAAAACUACUCAGCAGGCAGGACACCAGGCUGUAUCCUCCACACUUUGAACACCUGUGAAGUAAAGCUGAGCCAAGAAACUUGAUUGACGAGGAUUGGACGCUAGAACUCGACUUGUCGUGUGAUUAUUUUCUCUCAGCCUUCACUUCACUGUGACAGCAAUACAUCAUCCAAAGAGACAGAACUCUCACAGUCCUGAAAAAAAAAAAAACAAAAGCAGAUGGGACAGGACAGUAGUUUCCCAAUGAAACCUCAGUGAUGAAAUGGCCGGUACGCAAUCCCGAAACCGGAAGUCGGGUAGCGCCCCCUACAACGGCCCGUACGGCACUCCGUUAUCCCAGGUGGCGUACCAUGAGUCACGACAUCUGCACCCGCAGCGCCUCCCGUACCGUCGUCACGAGCGGCCGGCGUCAGUCCACUUGCUGGACGUCAGCACCGAGACGCUGGACAACAUGCAGCAAGUGGCGCCCUCUGUCAGACGCCUCCUAGUGCCCAACCUCAAGCUGAAGACAGUGCCGGAGUCCCUCGUGAUGCACCUGCAGCAGUUGGAGACCCUGGACUUGAGCCACAACCAGUUGGGGGACAGCUCGUUCCCGGAGGCCAUGAAGACCCUGGACUGCUUGGUGGAGCUGCGGCUGAGUGGCAACCAGCUGACCAAGGUGCCCACGUGCGUGCGGCGACUGCGCAACCUGUCGCGGUUGGACCUCAGCCACAAUCUGCUGGACUCCUCCGCCGGCCUGGAAAAACUCAAGAAGCUGCAGGUGCUGGUACUGGACGGUAAUAAACUCAACUCCCUUUUCAAAGACAUCGGCAACCUCCGACGCCUCCAGAUACUGCGAUGUAGCGGGAAUAAAAUCAGGGAAGUUCCCCGGGAUAUCCGACACCUGGCCGCCCUAACAGACCUCGACAUUUCCAACAACCGCAUCGCUGUACUGCCCACAGAUGUCUUCCAGCUUCCUCAUCUCGAGGUCCUCAACGCCAGCCAGAACCAGGUAGGGAAGAUCCCCUCCUUCAACGUGAAGGUCCAAAACCGGCAUUGGAUCUCCACAGUCGACCUGUCAGAAAAUAACCUGGCCAAGUUUCCUGGUCAUCUCAUGUUUCUUUCCAACAAGCUGGAUCUGAGUAGUAAUAAGAUUCGAAUCUUGUCGUGGGCAACACUGAAGAAGCUGGACUGGGACAAACAUCAGGAGCUGCUGCUGGAGUCCAACCCUCUGUGCUACCCGCCACCGGAGGUUUGCGAGUCUGGCCUCCGCUCGAUCAUGAACUUCUUCCAGGAGUCUCAAGCGGAUGUUAAGACAUACCAGGGGGUCAAGGUGCUGGUGCUGGGGUCAACCCGGAGUGGCAAGACCAGUCUGGUGCACUCGCUGGUCGACCAACAGGCUCGACUCUCUGAUGACGUGUCGGAUGGCACCGCCGGCGUGGACGCCUACGAAACCAGCUUCGACUACGACGUUGACAACGGCAAGCCGGGAAAGUCGCUAAACCUGUGCGUGUGGGACUUCUGCGGCCACCCGUUCUACCUGUACCCGCACUACUUGUUUCACGAGCACCCGUCGGUGACAAUCCUCACGUUCAGCAUGCCAGACUACUCAGGAGACAGCUUCACCCAGCAGGUGGGUUCGUGGUUCGACUGGAUGAUCGCGAAGACCAACAAGCUGGUGGUCCUGCUUGUUGGCACCAAGAGCGACCUGGUGACCCCUGCGCGGGUCGCGGAGAUCACGUACGACGUGCGGCGCCGCCUCUCGGCGCACCUGCAACAGCGGCAGCAAGCGAUCGAGCAGCGGGUCAAAGCCAUCGAGUCGCGUCCCGCCAUCUCGCCCUCGCUCUCAGAGCAGCUGAAGGCCCUCGUCAAGCUCCUGCAAGCCCGCUUCGUGGUGCAGACUGACGUCAUCGCCACCAGCGCCAAAACCUUCAGCGGCUUCGGCAGGCUGCGACAGGCCGUGGAGGCGCUGAUCGACGACCGGAAACUGUUCCCCAACGUCAUGCGCGAGAUUCCCACCUUCUGGGCGGAAGUGGAGAACUGGGUGGAGGAGCGAGGCAACACUCUGCUGGUGCCCAUCAUGAGGUGGGGGGAGUUCUCGGAGGAGGUGACGCAGCGAUUCGGCAUGAAGCACCUGUUGGUGUCCAUCACUCAAUACCUUCACGAGACCGGCAAGGUGCUGUGGUUCUCCAGCGUUCCUUCCCUCAAAGAAUAUGUCUUUCUUCGUCCAUCCUGGCUCUUCGACGUUCUCAAGCAGCUCCUUCGCCACGACCUCCACUCCAUGACCUUCACCCCUGACGACUCCUUGAAGGCCAUCGGCUUCACGCAGGUCAAGUUCGAGCGGCUGAAGAAGGAGGCGCUAGUGGAGGGAGUGAUGGACAGAGAGCUCAUCAAGGCUCUUCUGGUGUCCCUCCUCCCAGCCGACCUGACCACCCCAGCCGCUGAGGUGCUGAAUCUCUUAACUGAGGGAUUGGAAAUAGGAUAUCCGGUGUCUAAGCGCAUGCGCGAGACUACCUACAGUUUCAGCAUCGAGAAGGACAGUCAGGGGCAGGUGAAGGUAAACAAGUUGUUGAUCCCCUGGUUCCGCACUUCCGCCGAGCCAGCGGCCUCACGGGAAAAGUGGACCGAGCUCCAUGGCCGCCACCGUCUGUGUGCGUUGUUCCGGUUCCCGCUGUACAUGCCACCCGGACUUUUCGAACUCACGACUGUGCGCGUGCAUCACGAGAAGCACAGACUGGUGUUCGUCGCCCACUGGGGCGGAGGAAUACAAGCACAUCAUUCGGAAGAAAAGGUGCGCAUUGCCAUCACCUACUUCUUAGAGAAGAGCGCGUCUCGAGACGACAAACGAAUGACAGGAAGAGGAGAUAACUUAAGUGUCGGGAAGAAGGAUUCCAAAAGUGAAGGCAAGACAGAAUCAAAAGACAGCAAAGAGAGGAAAGUGAAAGACUCUGGUCUCAACGGUCGUCUACAAGGUGAAGGGGUGAAGCAGAAGAAAACGGACAGCGAAGAACCACAUGAGAACAUAGAGAACAAGGAGACUGUUAUGAAAGAGAAAGACGACAAUGAAUUUCAGGAUGAAAGAGAAAGUGGGGAUGAUAUCGAGGUCACAGAGGCGAGAACGAGGCUGACGAAGGAGGACAGCCAGCAGGCAGCCGGCGCCGAAAGCACAGUUGUGGUCAAGUUUGAGAUUCGUGACGACAGCGGCGACUCUGCAGACCAAACGCCGGCAGCCACCAUGUGGACCAUCCUGCUCCCUCUGCUGAUGGAUUUUGAAGAACUUUUGAAGGGCUACGCGGGUGUGCUGGUAGAGCGCUGGACAGGGUGCCCGCUGUGUGGCGACACCUCCUUCCUCGGUGAGUGGUUGGCGCCCAAGGAGACUCAGAGCAUGAGCACCCGCACGUGCGACACGUGCCAUCAGCACGUGGACACCGCCUUCCUCGUGCAGCCAAGAGAGAAGAAGAGAGAUGUCGUCAUUAGAAACCUCGUCAAACGCUCGUUAUCAAGACGUCGCGGUGCCACAGUAACCUCUGACCUGGAUGACAUCCAAACAUUGGCCCCACGUACACCGCGGAGAGCACCAGUUAUUCACCUUGAUGUGCUGGGCGACGACAGUCUUCAUCGACUUCUGGAUCCCAGAGAUUCGGUCGAUUCCUUCCUGUCGUUUCAAUAAUGAUGGAGAGCUGUUCUGAGAGCUCAGUCCGGUGUAAGAGCCUACACACCGACAGUCAGUCAUCAGACAGUGGAGGACCCUGUCGCAAACAUGGACAAAGUGCGUGCAUGCAGAUGAACUGUCAGCCAGCUGUUGGUCUUUGACUGGUACUGGUCAUUUUGGGGAUGCUUAUCGAUAGAUGCUGCAGUUGGCGAGGCUCGAGCGAUGGUGAGCAGGUCCUGCAUGAUCCCCUGGCCACCGAGACUUCAGUCUUCGAGAAGUAGGGGACAGGGUAGGAGAACUGGUUUUACGCCGAGGCAGCAGCUAAAGCUAUCACGGCAAGGCAGCCCUGUAAAUAGUCACAUGCAGAAAAAGAGAGUGCUCGAACCGAAAUCUGAACGCAGGGCAACCAACCUGACACCGGACAGCCCAACCUCACUCGAAGGUAUUUUGUACAACAGUCACCCUGGUUACAUCUAUAACAAUAUAGCGAGAUGCUCAAAUGAUUCUACCACAUGUACAUUAUUUUCGACAUGUCUGCCCACACUAUGUUGGACGACAUUGAGCUAAACAGUGUUCGGAAGCUAUUCCACACAGGCUAUACGACAAACCGUAUUUUAACGGUGAUGUUUAUUUUUUCAACCUUUUAUAGAUUUUGUAAGAAAAAAGGAGCAAGUGUGAAGGUGCUGGCUGUGCUUGAUUGCAUCUAGUCCUGUCCUUUAGGUGCAGAUCCACAAACAAACAUUUCAGUUCCAUUACGACAUUUUUGGGGAGAGGGGUUUGAGAUAAUGACAUAAAGACUUACUAGACCAGUCAAAAUCAUUUUCUAAUUUUCUUUUGUUGAAUAGGCGUGAAAUAUAUACAGUCUUCAACGCCAA